AGGAGUUUACUCGACAUAAACACACUGCCCUGUCAGCUAGCAAAGAUAGAUUAUUUUGCGGAUUUCUGGCCAAGAUAACUUUCAUCUUUGCCAGAUAAUUUCCAUUUUAGCAUUCACAGAUGCCGCGGCGUGUUAAUAAGAGGUUUGCGCCUGUGAAUAUGUAGGCUAAUGUAGGUAGAUAUUAGACCUGCUUGUAUUUGGUUUAGCUAGAGCUUUUCAGUUGACUUGUGAGAUAUAGCUUUCGGGCAAAAGCAUUAGGCUACUUUGUCGUUAGCUGGCGUUAAUUAGUGUUAAUCAAAAAGCUGUGAGGUGAACAUAAAACGUAUUGCUAUCCAUGGAGUGAAACGCUGACAGUCGUCAGUGCAUCAUACUGGCUUUUGUUAUUGAAGUGAAGAACUAUCUAGUCAACAUAUGUCAGCGGUGUUGCCAGAGGCUGAUUUUGCUGUAACGUUAGCAAGCUAAUGUCAGUAGUUUGAAGUUAAAACGCUAAAUUACCUAGCUGGUUGUCUAGUUAGUUUCUUGGAUAAAACCACUUUUUUAAAGCAACCUUUUGUGUUGUCAUUGAAAUAUCCACCACAUCUUCGGAAUAACCAAGUAUGGGAAUGUGCCUUCCUUGCCUGGGUGGAGCAGCAGAGGACGUGGUGGAGACACCCGAUCCAGAUACUAGAAGGCGGCAGCUAGCAGAAGCUGCAGAGAAGAGGCAGAAAGAGACCUCCAACCGUGGAGUCAAGAACCCGGAAGCACUUGAGAGGAAGAAGAGGAAACAGGAAGAGAUAGAGAAGCAGGCCAUGGUGACCCCGUCGCCCUCUGGGGGAGGGGGGCUCAAGUGGCAGAUGGGCUGAUCGGAAAAGACCUCUGGUGGUUCAAGGACAAUAGAGGAGCAUCAGCCUGUAUGAACAGUGUCACAGUCAACUUCAGGGUGUUGUGUUUUUCUUUUUUUUAUCGUUCUUUUUCCCUUUUGUUUGUUUUGGUUCUUAUUUUCAUAUGGAAGCUAGUCGGAACAGUUGCAUAGAGCAUCUAAAUCUUGCCAAGCUGGAAGUGUGAUUACUUGCCAUUGCCUCUUGAUUGGCUGGAGAGUCACACCCUGUCUAGAUUGCCAAGGUGUACCAGCCAAUUGGGUGCUAGAGCAACUGAAGGUAACUGCUAGCAGUGAGUAGCAGGUUGCAAAAAGCACUGCCAGCUGUACACAGUGAAGAAAAACUUGCUGAACAUAACUAGUUGUUUAUCGCAAUGCAGCUCACACACUUGCACAUGCACAAACACUAUCUCCUUGAAAGGUAUUGUACAACGGUGCUUCUGUCGCAUCACAUUGGUUUGAAUGCUUUUGUGCUUGUCUGAUAAUUUAUAUAUAGAAAUAUAUCUCCUGAGAGUCCAUGCCUUUUUUUGGUUGAUUUAGCAUGAUUUGAAUGUCACAUGCAGCACACAUAUAUAGGAAAACACUUUUAUGACAAACCCAAGAUGGUUGGAAGCUCAUACUGGUGUCAGACCCCAUUUUCCUGAGAUUCUUUGAUUGUGAUUCCUCAUAGUGCAAUGUAAGUUAUUUUGUCUCGGUUGAGUUUGUAGGGUGGGGUAUGUUUGUUUGCGUGCAUUAUAGUUUAAUUUUAUUUAAUAGAGGGUGUUGGCUACAACAAAACCGUUCACCAUUGAGAGGUGUUUGUCGACUGCUGCUGACACACUGCUUUUAUUAGCUUUUGCCCACUUACUAAAACAAAAAUCACUUUUUGAACAGUGAAGUCGUUUUUAACAUGUUGCAUUGAAGAUGCCUCCUUUACUCCUCUUUACCCACGUGUGGCGAUGUGCUGCACUGACUCGAAACAGCUGCAGUGUAGUGAUCAGUCCAAAUGCCUUACUGUGUUUCAGGAUUUGAAAUGGACCUAACCUUUGACCUGGAAAUGCAGCUUGUAGCAGUAGGUGUUUCCGAUGCCAUUUGUACACUUGAGGAUGUAGAGGGCAUUAAUGCUGACAGUGUCCCCUUUUUUCUCACUAACCUUAACACUAUCUGUGCUUCUGAAACAGUGGGAACUAAUGUAAAGGACAUGUCAGUGCUGAAGGAUGCUUCUUGACUUACUCAUCAAAAAUACAUUUCUAUUCAAA